UAUUCUAACUCUAGGGUUCCAAAACUCUGAUUUCCUCCGUCACCGCCGUUUGGAGUGAAGAGGAUCAAGGAGUAUGGGAGGGAAGUGCCCUAGCAGGAAGGUGAAGAAGCGCCGCUAUUCUCACAAGACCGCUCGUCGCGCCAAAUUCCUUGUCAAAGGCGACGAUCAAGUGUUCAACGAGCUCCUGAAGCAGGCGGAGGAAGCUGCGGCAGAGAAAACCUUGCCACUUGACGAGGACCUCCCUGGGAUGGGGCAGUUUUACUGUCUCCACUGCGAUCGAUACUUCGCCGGUGAGGAUGUCCGACAGGGUCAUUUCAGCUCAAAGCGCCACAAGAAGCGGGUGAAGGAAAUGAUGGGGCCUGCCCCUCACACUCAACUAGAUGCGGAGCUUGCUGCAGGGAUGGGAAUGCCCGACAAUGGCCCAAAGCUCAUGACGAUGUCAUUCACUUAAGCACUUGAAGCGUUUUAUCUACAUAUUUUCAUAUACAUGGCUGGACACCAUUGUUAGAGAGAAUGAUGUUUAAUUUAUCGCUGUGAACUUUCAUCAUCAUCAUCAAAAUGAGUUCGUAAGGUGCAAUUUUGUACAAGUUUUAUGGUUAUCAACAUUGUAGGCGUACCCUGUUUUUGAUGUUUUAUUUGGUUAUAUAUAUAGAGGGAUAUAAUUGUUAA